AUUAGGUGGGAGCGCGGCUCUUGAUGACGUCGCAGCACUCGCCGUCAGAGGGAAACGCGCCAAAAUAACCGGAUCAGAUUUACAGAAGAAUCAAAUGGACAAGUUUUUUGAUUUUCUUGCAGAAGGCAAAGACAAGGUGACGAGCACGGAAGUGUGGGAGGCUCUCGUUCCCGGUGAGGAUUUUGUUACGGAUGUCGCCACUGCGACGGUGCGAAUCCCAGAGGUGCCAAGUGAUGACGUGCAGCGAACAAAAGGAAUUGAGCUUGGAACAAAUAGAGUUCAAGUUGACCUCGUCUCGUUUCCCGCAAUCAUAUCAGAAGAACGAG